UUCAAUGGAGAUCCAUACACCCAUCUAUUUCUCUCAUCUAACCUUUCUUUCGUUCUUCUUACUCUCUUCCUUCCUCUUUGAAAUCCAUGGAAGCAAUACAACAGAUCCUCAAGCCUACAUCGUCCACGUACAAAAGCCCAAACACACCAAAUUCCUCACCUUCAGAGAUCGGAGAAAUUGGUACAUGUCUUUCUUGCCAAACACAACCUUAGAUUCCGGUGAGCCUCGGAUGAUCUACACAUAUAGAUACGCAAUCUCUGGCUUCGCGGCAAUGUUAACUCCCGACGAAUUGCAAACGCUGAAAUCUAAACAAGGAGUAGUGAGUGCACAUCCUGACCACGAGUGCAAGCUACGAACCACCUACAGCCCGAAGUUCUUGGGCCUCAGCCGGUGGUCUGGACUGUGGCCUGACUCAGACUACGGUGCAGGUCAAAUAAUCGGUAUGAUGGACAGUGGAAUCAAGUACAGCCACCCUUCAUUCGACGACCAGCAGAUGUCUCCGCCUCCCCCACCUUCCAUAUGGAAAGGAAAAUGCUACUGGAGCCAAGGCGGAUGCAACAAGAAGAUCAUCGGUGCUGUCGGUUUCCAUCGAGGACAGCUAGUUUCGCCGUUGGACACCGAAGGGCACGGGACAACCACGGCGAGCAUAGCUGCCGGGAACAUCGUUGAUGAUGCCAAUGUCGUCGGUUAUGCAAAGGGCACGGCUUCUGGGUUAGCGCCCGGAGCUCAUCUCGCAGUCUACAAAGUCACGCCUGGGACUUCUACAGAUUUGCUUAAAGGUAUAGACCAAGCUAUCCAUGAUCAGGUACAUGUGCUCUCUAUGUCUAUAGGCUAUUCCAAGCCUAGGAAACUUUAUCGCGACGCGGUAGCAGUUGGAUCCUUUGCGGCCGUUACAAAGGGGAUCGUCCCUGUUGAGGCAGGGGGGAACGCGGGGCCUCUACCGAACAUGGUCGACGGAGCUCCAUGGAUCCUAAUGGUCGGAUCGAGCGUCAUGGACAGAAGGGUAAGAUCGAUAGUAGAGCUCGGAGACGGUCGAGAAUUCUAUGGGGAAUCGGCUUAUCAGCCAGAUAAAUUCCCUCCCACUCAGUUUCCUUUGAUUUAUCCAUACGGCAUCCUGAAAUCGGAGGAUUCGAAGAAAUGCCAGGGCGACUCUCUAAAUUUGAUCGACGUCAGGGAAAAGAUUGUGUUGUGUGAAGCGAGCUUGGAUUUUACGAAGAAUGUGGAAGUGAGCGAUCUCGUUAAAAAGGCCGGUGGCGUCGCCGUUAUAGUCAUGAACCAGCCGGGGAUGGGGAAUCGAACGGACGCGGAUGCUUUUCUCCAUCCAGCUUCUCGUGUUACCUACAACGACACAGUGGACAUUAUAAAGUACGUCGACCAAGCAUCAAACCCAACCGCAGCGAUAAAGUUCAACGGAACACAAUUUGGAUACCGCCCCGCACCUGUAGUGUCCUCAUUUUCCAAUCGAGGGCCUAACCUCUUUAACGGUAACAUAAUAAAGCCAGACUUUAUUGCACCCGGUUCGGACAUUCUCGCAGCUUGGCCAACUGAGGUGGGUCCGAAUCCUACAGGCACGGAUAAGACGUUUAUCAUGGUAAGUGGAACUUCGAUGGCUGCACCUCACGUGUCAGGGAUCGUGGCUCUCCUCAAGCACAAUCAUCGACAUUGGUCGCCCGCUGCGAUUAAAUCAGCCAUCAUGACAACAGCCUACACGAAAGACCGAGAUGGUAAUCCGAUAAAAGAUCAAUAUGACGGUACAGAUGCCGGAGCCUUCACGAUGGGAUCGGGUCAUGUGGACCCGGUGGCAGCUAAUGAUCCGGGUCUGAUAUAUGAUAAUGACCCGCACGAUUACAUCCGAUACCUUUGUGGGAUGAAACUUCCGGAUUCUGAGGUAUCCACAAUUGCUGGUAGCCCGAUUGUGUGUUCUCAAGUUCAAGCUAUUGAGCCUGAGCAAUUGAACUAUCCUUCAAUUUCGGUGUCACUCGGGGCUAAAUCGGUAUCGAAGACUGUGAAUCGAACGGUGACGAAUGUCGGUGAUGCUAACUCGGUUUACACUGUGAAGGUUGAUAAUCCAGAGGGAGUGGAUGUGGAUGUUUCCCCUAUUACCCUUACAUUCACUAAUGAAGGUGAAAAGCAAGAUUUUACUGUGACCAAAGAAGGCAAACUUUCAGAAGGGCAACUGGUAUGGGAUUCUGGCAAGUAUUUUGUGAGGAGUCCUAUUGCAGUUACAUUCACCUGA